UCUCACAGCUGAUAGAAAUACUAAAAAAAGAAAGAAGAAAAAAGACACUACUGUGGAUUUUAACCAAGUUAACCGCUACUACAGAGGAAGGUAUUGUUUUAUGCGCGCAGUGUGUCAAGAAUGACAGAUUCUUCGUGGACUCUCUGGAUAUUACAUUUGUAACGGGAGGGGGGUUGUGACUGAAGAUGUCCACUUUGGGGGAAUCCGGGAGCACGAGUCUACAGCGGCCAUACACGGUGACGUCGUUCCAACACAAACUGGACAUAUUCGAGGGGCUGAUCAGAGAAAUAACGUACCAGGACUCCCAAGCUACCCCCGAGGAACGCCGGCAGUGGAUAACAGAAAACCUUCGCUUUGACCAGUUCUGUGAGAAAAUCCGUGACAUAUUCGGACCAGACGUCAAGAACCAUGAUCUUAAAGCCAUAUAUCGAAAAAUAUCCACUAACCCGGAUGCUAAAGUCGACUGGAGUGAGCUGUUUGGGUACUUCCAAUCAGGAGCGGAUGAAGAGGAGAUAACUGUCGGUGAAGAGAUCAGCGUCUUCAUGGUUGCUAAGCGACGACGUGUCGGAGAAGCGGCCGGUGACAGGAAGCGUCGGGAUACGGUGCAAUGUAUCAAGUACAUCCAGGGGAUCGACUCCUACUUAAGUGUGUCUCAGAAGGGGGCGUUAUCGAUAUGGACCAACAAGUUAAGACUUCAGUCCUGUGUUGAUAUAAACGAAGCGGCGUGGGCGACAGGGUGCGACUAUUUGCCGAGUAUUCGGAGGGUGGCCUGUUGCACGGAGAGGAGUAUCGUCAUUUGGGACAACAGAGCGAAGGGGAAGAACCAGCACAUAUUUUCCAUCAAGCCCAUAGAACACUCUCCACAGUGUAUGGUCAGCGUGCCCCUGGCCACCUCCAUCCACGAGGACUGCAUCCUGUUCGGGGACGACCAGGGCUACGUGAACAUCCUCACAGUCACCGCCAAGGACCUGACCAUGAAGAACACCAAGGGGGAGAAGAAAAACACACACAGUUAUGUCAUAGACCCUACUAAACUGGCACAACCCAUUGUCAGACGUCGACUCCAUGAUGACUGGGUACUUAGGGUCAAGUAUUUUCCAGAAUUGCGGUGUUUUGCUUCCUGUUCUCCCAGCAGCGUUCAUUCGUUUGUCUUGGAGGAGCUUGGCAGAAUAUACGACAAUGUAGAAAUACGGGGAGUGUCCGUCCCGAAAGGAGUUAACUGUUUCGACUACUGUAGUCGAGCCAACAUCAUCGCCACCGCUGGAGUGGACAAGAUUAUUCGAGUGUGGCAUCCGCAUAUAUUCUCAAGACCCACGGGCAAACUACUGGGUCACCUGUUCACCAUCACCGACGUGGCCUGCAAUGAGCGUGAUCAGCACAUCAUCAGUCUGUCGACAGCUCGCGUCUUCCGAGUGUGGGACAUCCACACACUCACGUGCCUUCAGGUGUUCACAGACAACGAGGAACGUCCAGGGGAGAAGAGAAUCUAUUCAAUGUUGUUUGACAACAAAUACGACCGGCUAUUAACAGGCUCCAGCGUCAUUGACUCGUGGCCUCUGACUAGGGCAGUACAAGACACGAUGCAGGUUCCACAUACCCACGACAGACCACUCAGCCAGGUAUUGUACAACAGUGAGCUGAAUCAAGUGGUUUCCGUUUGCACAGAAUCAUUUCUGAAGGUUUGGGAGAUGGACACAGGCAAGGUCAUAUACUCCAUUACAGAAGCACACGGUCCAGGAAUUGAAAUUACUGCAAUAACGCUAGACAAGUCAGGUUACAGACUAGUUAGUGGAGGCUAUGAUGGUUCUAUUAAGAUCUGGGAUUUUGGCGCUGGUCAGAUGAUCAAGUCGAAGUCAGGGCGAGGCGUGGAUGAAGACCUUAGCAUCACGGGAUUGGUCUACUACCGCUGUGAGAAUGACCACGUGUUACUGGCGUGUGGGUGGAACAACAGAAUCAAGAUGAUAUUGGAUCCGAGUGACAGCCACGAUCUGCCAGUCCUCCACGAGUUUAGCGACGUGUACUACUGGCCGAGAGAGGCGAGUUUCUCCCUGUGUAGCGAGUCCAAGUCGCCCACCCUGAACGAGACCAAGUCCUCGUCGAGAACCGACACUAGUCUGCCUAACGCACAAAUCACCAAUGUGUUCAGAAAAGACUACAUAUUGUCUUCCCAUGAAGUGACGUGUAUGGUUGCAUUCAAAGAGGAAGUCCUAUUUACCGGGACAGGAAAUGGCAGUAUCGUUAUGUGGGAUAUGAAAAAGUCACUUGUGAAUAGAAUUUUCCAGCUACCCCCUGCUGACCCGGAGAGUACAGACAUUCAGGUGAGACUACUCCAGAGUGGGGAGCGGAGGGUGAACGCCAUCGGAGUUCUCGUGCAUAAAGUUAGAAAACCGGAUCCUGCGUAUAUCAAAAAGCUGACUGAAUUACACCAUGUAGAGUCGGACCAAGACGAAGUUUCUACGUCCGCUGGCGAAAGUCAUCCUGUGUCUAGAGAUUCUGGCACAACACAAAGCCACAAGACAACAAGUAGAGAUGGACCGCCAGGUGAACAUGAAACCAGUCAGAAGAACACACCAAGCACCGCCAAAUCGCGAGAACAAAGAACCCAACCACAUGGACGCGAUGUAAUAGUGAACAUGAGCGGCGCCGAAAGCACGUCGUCGAAGGGUAGUAGUAAACGGGUGCGGAUGGAGGAUGACAACGUGGACCCGGAUGCUAAGAUGAUCGUGGAGGAGCACCAGCCCCUGGUCGUGACGGCGCACCAGGAUUCGUUCAUCAGGUUCUGGAACUUUGACGGCGACCUCUUGCGGGAAGUGAUGCCGAUGACUCGACGGACGGGGACGGCCAUCACGGCGCUGUGUUACGACAAGGACGUCAACAUCCUGGUUACUGGAGAUCACAAGGGUUACAUCACUAUGUGGGACGUGAAGAAAUUUUUAGAAAGUCCGGAAGCUGAGGAUGCUGAGCCGAUAAAGCAGUUGAUUUGCUGGAGAGCUCAUCUAGUACGGAUUGUCUCCCUUGUGUAUGUGGAUGCACACAAAUCUAUUUUGUCUGGAUCAACGGACGGAUCUUUGAGGGUGUGGUGGGGUAAGAAAGGUAAAUUUAUAGGUUUCUUCAGUCAGCAUCGUCCAUUCCUGUUCCCAGUGUCGGAAGAACUAGCUGGCUCGCCGUCUCUACCGUACGAUAUCACUGAGACUCCACAAGCUCCAGUAGCAAAGAAAACUGCUGGGCAGAAAAUAACCACAGUGCAAAAAUUUGAAUAUCCUUUAAUAUUUGACAACGAAAAAUGGCGCCCAUUUCGGAGAUCAGCUUAUAUCCGUCAAACAACGCAACGCCCACAGCCAGAAGAUAAGAAAUUCUUUGGAGCACUUAUAAAACCCAGGGCCUACAAUCACCAUCUUGAAAGUUCCACGACUGGAGAGAAGUUGCAAGGGGCAGUUUUCAGAGCUCUUCCUGUGUACAGGGUGUGUUCACCUGAGACUCCGAGAACCCCAGUUAUGAACUAUAGCAUGAUGACAGAGGACGAGGAGAACUACUAUGGAAACUCGACCCUCUUUGGAGCUGUUAAGGGCAGCAAGGCUCUUGGCCGAGGUGAAAAGGCUGGGGCAAGAACUCAGAGUCAAGUGAAACCGAAGAAAAGUGUGACCAGAAACGUAUAUGCAGGUGUUCCCACACGCUUCAGUCAAAUCGACCCAACGUCCGUGGUUUCUCCAAAACGGAGAUGAUUUUAAAACAGUUUUACUUACUCUACAUAAUCAUUUAUGACGUCAGAAUGCCAUUACCAGUCUUCUUCUAUUGUGAAACAUAAAAUACUGAAACAUUGAUCGAAGGUAUGCUUGCAAAUUGUUCUUGAUUAUCUCAGAUGAAUUGCUACUGUAUAAUUUGUCGGACAAUGGAAUGACAGGCUGCUGCAAUAGAAUAUACGAUGUGUCAGGAGAGAGGAAAAAAAAGUUAAAUAUAAUAAUUUGUCUUGAGUGACGACAUAACCAGUGGUUCAUAUUAGAAUCGAAAGACAGUUGAUUAUUUCCUCAGACUAUUUUAUACGGGUUUGACAUAGCAAUUACUUAGUGCAAGAAGAAAAGGAAGCGUUUUGGCAUUUACGAACUUCCUAUUCUGUGGAUAUUUAUUUAUCCAAAUACUUAUACUGAAUCAAAUAAGAGCAUGGCCAUAGACAUGAUUAUAUAUACUAAUGACUGGGGGCCACCCACUUUGAUGGGGGAGGCAACCACACGGUUUUAUGAGACGAGUUAUGGGGCGACAGGAAAAUAUAAAAAGUAGAAACUUGAAACUUACUAAAACAGAGAUCAAAACAAACUAGUUACAAAAAAAAGAAAAAAAAGAAAAAAGAAAUAAUAAUAAUAAUUUCGGCGACAUCCUACUGCCUUCAUAAGGGAAAGGGGCGGGACGUAGCUCAGUGGUACAACGCUCGCCUGAUAUGCGAUCGAUCUAGGAUCGAUUCCCGUCGGUGGGCCCAUUGGGCUAUUCUCGUUCCAGCCAGUGCUUCACAACAGGUA